GAUAAAAAGGAAUCUUAAUGUUUCAUUUCAUAGGUUCAUUGCGUAACCAAUCAAUCGAACACAACCACUGAAAUAUCACGAUCAUGGCGGCAGCAGCAGCAUCGACGGCGAGGAUCGCCUUCUUCUUUCUCGUCCUCGUACUUGCCAUGAUUCAGGUCAUUGCAGGGAAUACUGGUUCUCAGCUAAAGCUGGAUAGGAAGAUUCUUCAGGAAUCUACUGUUAAAUCAAUCAAUGACAAUCCUCAAGCCGGAUGGAAAGCUCAUAUGAACCCUCGGUUUACCAACUAUACAGUUGGCCAAUUUAAGCACCUUCUUGGAGUUAAACCAGCACGAGAGGGUGAUUUGAAGGGAAUAUCUGUUGUAACUCAUAAAGAAGGUCUCGAGUUGCCAAAAAAUUUUGAUGCACGAACAGCCUGGCCCCAAUGUAGCACAAUAGCGGACAUUCUAGAUCAGGGCCAUUGUGGUUCUUGUUGGGCUUUUGGUGCUGUGGAGGUCCUCUCAGAUCGAUUCUGCAUUCAUCUCGACUUGAACAUCACUCUUUCGGUCAAUGAUCUCUUAGCAUGCUGUGGCUUUAUGUGUGGUGAUGGUUGUGAUGGAGGGUACCCGAUUGCAGCUUGGCGAUACUUUGUCCGCACUGGGGUUGUAACAUCAGAGUGUGAUCCUUACUUUGAUCAUACUGGAUGCUCACAUCCUGGAUGUGAACCUGCAUAUCCCACUCCCAAGUGUGAGAAGAAAUGCAAAAAAGAGAACCUGCUCUGGAAAGACUCAAAGCACUUCAGCGUCAAUGCUUACAGAAUUAGUGCUGAUCCUUACAGUAUCAUGGCUGAGAUUUACAAGAAUGGACCCGUUGAAGUCGCUUUCACCGUCUAUGAGGAUUUUGCUAUUUACAAGUCAGGAGUUUAUAGUCACAUAACAGGUGAUGUGAUGGGAGGUCAUGCUGUCAAGUUGAUUGGCUGGGGAACUACUGAUAGUGGAGAGGAUUAUUGGCUCCUAGCCAAUCAGUGGAAUAGAAGCUGGGGUGAUGACGGAUACUUCAUGAUCAGGAGAGGCACAAAUGAGUGUGGGAUCGAAGAAGACGUUGUUGCAGGAUUACCUUCUACCAGAAAUGUGAUCAAGAAGUAUGGUAAUGUGGAUUCGGGCCGAGAUGCUUCAGUCUGAGAUCAAAGCAUUAUAUUAUCAACAUUUGGCCCCAUAUAAGCAUACAAAGUGGCAUGAAUAAUUAAGCUUACUUGUGUUAAAUGCCAUGAGAAGAACUAGCUUAUCCAUGUAGUCUGGGAUCUGAAUAGCCUAAAACAAUUUGUUGGGGCUAGAUGAGCAUUUGGCAUGUACUGCUGCUGUAUUAUUAUUGAAAUAGUAUACUUUGACUUCCCACUUUCUAUUAUACUAUUCCUUUUUCUUUU